AUGUCAAUCAGAUACGCCAAAGAUCAGCCUGCAGGCUUUACUAAUUAUAUUAAAAACGUUGCCGUUAUCGGUGCCGGAGGUGAAGUUGGCAAGCCUAUUGCCACUGAGCUACUUAAAACUGGAAAAUAUAACGUUACCGCUAUUACUCGUUUCGAUAGCAAAACUAGCCUUCCUACACUGGUCAACGUUAUUCGCGUCAACUACGAUGAUGAGCAAACCCUUAUAGACGCGCUCAAGGGUCAACAAUUUAUUUUCAUCACUCUUGCUGCAACAGCCGCUCGAGAUACGCAGGCCAAAAUUAUCACUGCAGCAGCCAAAGCCGGCGUAUCGUGGGUUAUGCCUAACUCAUACGCCCCCGAUUUCGCUAAUAAGGCGUUAAUGACGGACAUCAUGAUCGGUCCUGCUGCUGAAGCUGGUGUUGCCAGUGUGGAACAAGCCGGCAUGUCUUGGAUUUACAUGACUUGCGGCUUUUGGUAUGAGUUUUCUCUCUCUGUCGGUAGCCCAUGGUGUGGCUUUGAUAUAUUGGACAAGAAGGUUACGUUCUACGAUGACGGUAACACGCGGAUUAACAUGUCAACAUGGGAGCAAUGCGGCAGGGCUGCGGCACAACUCCUUAGCCUAAAAGAACUACCAGAUGACGAAAUGGAUCAGUCGCCAACAAUCUCUCAAUGGCGGAAUAAGAUCCUGUAUAUCUCUAGUUUCCUGGCCUCGCAACGAGAUAUGCUCGAUAGCUUACACCGGGUAAUGGGUACGACUGAUGACGACUGGCAGAUAGACCACGAGCCAACGGAUACCCGAUAUAAGCGAGGGCUGCAAAUCCUACAGUCUGGUAACAUUGAGGGCUUUGGCAUGGCCAUGUUUGCACGUACAUAUUUCCCCAAUGGUGAUGGUAACUACGAGGCUAAAUACGGCUUGGCUAAUAAGGAGCUUGGGUUACCAAAGGAGAAUUUCGAUGAAGCUACAAAACUUGCAGUUAAGAUGGCUGAGGCAGGAUUUGGGAAUAGUUGGAAAGAGAUUAACGGAGGUGCUGCUAAAUGA